UCUCUAAUCAGGGGCCAGGGGCAAAGACCUCCUAGCAGAGAGGAAGAGGAGUUUGUGUGGACAAGCUGCUCCUGAUAAAGGAUGCCACAGCUGAGCCUGUCCUGGCUGGGCCUGGGGCCAGAGGGAGCCUCCCCAUCACUGCUGCUGCUGCUGGUUGGGGUCUCUUGCAUCCUGGCCCGCAUCCUGGCCUGGACCUACUCCUUCUAUGACAACUUCCGCCGUCUGCGCUGUUUCCCACAGCCUCCAAAACGAAACUGGUUCUUGGGUCAUCUGGGCCUGAUUCAGAGCUCAGAGGAAGGUCUCCUGUACACACAGGGCCUGGCGAGCACCUUUGGGACUCUGUGCCUCUGGCGGGUGGGGCCCCUGCACACAGUCAUCCGCAUCUUCCACCCCACCUUCAUCAAGCCGGUGCUCUUUGCUCCAGCCAACAUCGCACUAAAGGACAUGCUCUACUACAGCUUCCUCAAACCCUGGCUGGGGGAUGGGCUCCUGCUGAGUGCUGGUGACAAGUGGAGCCGCCACCGUCGCAUGCUGACACCUGCCUUCCAUUUCAACAUCCUGAAGCCCUAUAUGAAGAUUUUCAAUGAGAGUGCAAACAUCAUGCAUGCCAAGUGGCAGCGCUUGGUCUCAGAAGGCAGCACCCAUCUGGACAUGUUUGAGCACAUCAGUCUCAUGACCUUGGACAGCCUGCAGAAAUGUGUCUUCAGCUUUGACAGCAAUUGUCAAGAGAAGCCCAGUGAAUAUAUUGCUGCCAUCUUGGAGCUCAGUACCCUUGUGGCAGAAAGGCACCUGCAGAUUCUCCUACACCUAGACUUCCUGUACUAUCUCACCUCUGAAGGACGGCGCUUCCGCAAGGCCUGCAGGCUGGUGCAUGACUUCACAGAUGCUGUCAUCCAGGAGCGACGUUGCACCCUCUCCAGUCAGGGUAUCGAUGACUUCCUCAAGGCCAAAGCCAAGACCAAGACUUUGGACUUCAUUGAUGUGCUCCUGUUGAGCAAGGAUGAAGAUGGGAAGGGGUUGUCAGAUGAGGACAUAAGAGCAGAAGCUGACACCUUCAUGUUUGAGGGCCAUGACACCACAGCCAGUGGUCUCUCCUGGGUCCUGUACCACCUUGCAAGGCACCCAGAAUACCAGGAGCGCUGCCGGCAGGAGGUGCAAGAACUUCUGAGAGACCGUAAGCCUAAAGAGAUUGAGUGGGACGACCUGGCCCAGCUGCCCUUCCUGACCAUGUGCAUUAAGGAGAGUCUGCGGCUGCAUCCUCCAGUUCCAUUGGUCUCUCGCUGCUGUACCCAGGACAUUGAGCUCCCGGAUGGCCGGGUCAUCCCCAAAGGAGUCAUCUGUCUCAUCAGUAUUUUUGGGACCCAUCACAACCCAGCUGUGUGGCCAGAUCCAGAGGUCUAUAAUCCCUCCCGCUUCAACCCAGAAAAUAUCAAGGAAAGGUCACCCCUGGCUUUCAUUCCCUUCUCUGCAGGGCCCAGGAACUGCAUCGGGCAGACCUUCGCCAUGACCGAGAUGAAGGUGGUCCUGGCGCUCACGCUGCUGCGCUUCUGCAUCCUGUGUGACCACACGGAGCAGCGCAGGAAACCAGAACUGGUCUUGAGAGCCGAGGGUGGCCUUUGGCUGCAGGUGGAGCCACUGAGCUCUGGUCCAUAGUGACUCACCACCACCUGGCUUUAGACUCACUCCUUCCCCGCCCCCGACACUUUGUGGAAAUUCCCAGGAAUAAAACUUUGCUGUUCUCUCUG